GGGCGUGCCAUGCCAACCCCCCACAGCAGCUCCUUGCCACUUCCUGUCCUACUUCACUGCCAAACAAGAAAAGUUGCUUGAGAACCUCUAAGGAGUUGGGGAUGGGGCUCUGGUGGACAUCAGGUCUGCUGGUGUUGGCGAUCCAGCCUGCAGAUGCCAUGUUGACGCUGUACGACCCCAAGCUGUGCUACAUCCUGGAUGGCUUCUUAGGUCUGUACGGCCUGGUAAUCACCGCCAUGUUCAUCAAGGAGAAGUUCUUUAAAACGAAGGGAGCGCCGGGUGGCGGCUACACGGGCACGAGAGGCCAGGGGGCCGACGGUGACUUGACGCUGAGAGGAGACCCGGAGAGAGGACGCAACCACUGGAUGAAGGAUAAUGCGACAUACACGGACUUGAAAAGAAGAACAGAAGAUGAGUAUAAAGAACUUCCUGUUCAAAGAGAAUCUAACACAAAAAAACAAAAGCCUGAUUCUUCAUACAGUGAUGCCUUGAGAUACAAGUGACUUGACUUAGUUUUUCAAGAGAUGAGCCUUUGUUUGGCUGAUUUUCCCCUCCCCCUCCCCUUCAGAUAUGAGCAAAAAUCUGAUAUAUGAGUGCGCUUCAGAUACCCACCGCUAGUUGGCUUCACUACAUCUGGCCACCAUCUAGUCACAUUGGUUUUCAUCCAGUGGAAGAACAAUAUCAGUUGGUGACGCUAAUGCUCCAUUAGGCUGGUUUGCCAACUGCCAAUAAACCAAUAAAAGAAGAAAAGUAAGGGAGAACAAAAGAUUAGGUACAGUUGUGUUUUUGUACUCUCUUUUUCCGUGUUUACAGGUUAUGUGGGGAGCAAAUGUAAUUAAUUACUGUGUUUCUAUCCAGUACAUUACUGUUGAGUGCAAUUUCUUAUAAAAAACAUGUUUUUGGUUGGGGCUGGUGAUAUAUUUUUAUAAAGAUAGAAUGCCUGCAUAUCGAAAUAAAUAAAGGUUGUGCGAGAUCCAGGUAGGUGUAGCCUGGGUAAAGGAACAGAAAAGAUUAACUGUGUAUAUUUUCAAGCUUAAGUCAUUUGUCUUGGCCUAUAGAUAGAUAGCACUUCCUUGUCUAGACAGACACUUGCUUGUUAAGCUGUCUGUCUCCAACGCGUUGUUGCUUCUUCCCAAUAAAGGACAGAUAACUGUCCAUUUGGGCUCCUGGAACUUCAUUGGCUUUUCCUCACAUAAAAUAAUUCACAAUUGGUUGGUAUGAACAGAUUAAUUGCAUUUCUAUUCAUUUCAAUGGGAAAAGAUUGUUUGAGAUUCGAGUGUUUUGAGAUAUAACCUUGGUCAUGGAACGAAUGAAACUCACAUCUCAAGACAUCUGUAUUUAAAUUUUAAGCUCAGAUCGGAAAUACAAAAUUGAAAAACGGGGCACAUUUUGAGAUUUAGUUGGUCAUGUCUGACGUUUGGCAAGGGGCAUUAGUAAAGCUACGUUAGCUUGUUAUCUGCCAUAAUCAGUCUGGACCUCGACCACCAUGAACAGCCACCAGACUAUAUUAUAACGUGGAAAAUUAUGUAUAGUUUACAACAGUGGUUAUCAAAUUUUUCACCUCGUACUCUCUAAAAAAUAAUUGGCUCUCCAAAUAUCACCAUAAUGACCAAAAAUACAAUACAGUAACAUAUUAGGCCUAUGUGUUCAUAAAAAAAUGACUAAAAAAUAAUUGUCUCUCCAAAUAUCACUAUAAUGACCAAAAAUACAAUACAGUAGCAUAUUAGGCCUAUGUGUUCAUAAAAAAAUGAGACAUGUAUUAAAACCAAUCUUUCAGGUAAUGUAAGCCUGACUAAUUAAAUAUCAUUCCGUCCAUCCCAUUCUCUGUACCGCUUAUACUCAACAGAGUCGCGGGUGUGCUGGAGCGUAUCCCAGCUGUCCUUGGGCGAGAGGAUGGGUACACCCUGAACCUGUCGCCAGCCAAUUGCAAAUUAAUUAAAUAUUAAAAUCAAAUUAAAUUCUUUGGCCCAUCUUUCUAUUUUGUAUUUUUAAUCUCAGCCUAAAAAAAUGCCUAAUAUU